AUGGAAGUCAUGAUACUACAGAUUGAAGAUCCAAGUUGCUUUUGGGUUACUAUGAAAGGAUGUGGGCCUUACAUAGUUGAUGAAAUAGAGUAUAAAAACCUGAAUGCAGAAAUGAAUCAGUUCUAUGACAAAUCUUGUGAAAAUGUGGAUGAAGUAAAGCCAGUAACAUUAGAAAAAGGCCAGAUUUGUGUGGUUUUCAGUGAAGAACUGAAAUGCUGGUGUAGAGCAGUUAUUAAGUCAAUCAUGUACUGUGCAGGUCAUUAUCAAACAGAAUGCUUUCUUGUGGAUUAUGCCAAAUACACUUUUGUUAAAACAAAGGAUGUUCGAGUUGCAGUGAAAGCAUUUAUGCAAAUCCCAUAUAGAGCAAAAAAAUGUAGAUUGUAUUGCACAAAGCCAGUGACGUUGCGUAUCAACUUUCGUGAAGAUACAGCAAAAAUAGUGCCAGCCCAAAGAUGGGAUAAUGCUGCUACUCAGUAUUUUCAAAGCCUUCUGAAAGCAACUACGCAAAUCAAAGCCAAGUUAUGUGCUGUAGAAGAUAAUACAUUUGAUGUUAUUCUUUAUGUGACAAUAAAAGAUGAAAAGGUAUGCAUUAAUGAUGAUCUCGUCUCAAAGAACUUUGCUCGCUUUGUGGAAACUGAAGAGAAUACUGGAAGUCCUGCAAAAGAUCAAGAGAACCAGACGUUGUUAAAUGUUGAGUCUUUUCCAGUAAAAAUCAUUAAUCCUACACUUGCUUUCAGGCCAGUGCUGUUCGAGGAGAAAGUACCAAUGAAUCUUGAAACAGGUCAUAGUGUUUCUAGUUCUUUUCCUGAAAAGACGUACCAAAGGUCAAGCAGGGAUCUAAAUGAAAGUACUGAAUCUAGUUCUCACAGUCUUACUGAAGAAGGGAACUUUGUCUUUCUUAGCAACAAGAUAGAGCCAUCUUCAAUUCUGGAAAAAGCACCACUUUAUGAUGAUCUGAAAAAGGAACUUACUCGGGAAAAAUUCUUAGGCCCUACCUUCACAGAAUCUUACUGUUGGCCGCCAGUUGCUCGAGGAUGUGAUGUAGUUGCCAUCUCACAUCAAGGAAAUGACCCUUUUUUAUAUAUUCCACCAGUUCUUACGUUCUUACAAUUGGGAAGCUGCUACAAAGCCUUGCCAAACAGAAAUGGACCACUAGCACUUAUUUUAUGUCCUGGCUGGAAGAAGGCACAACUUGUUUUUGAGUUGCUGAAAACUUACGGCAGAUGUUCCAGACAGCUUCAUCCAACGUUGAUAAUACUUGGGCAGAAUAAAGAAGAAGCUAAAAGAGUGAAAAUUCAAGGAUGUGAUGUAAUUGUGACUACACCGUACAGCUUCCUGAGACUGUAUGAACAUAACUGCUUAUUGUUUUGUAGACUUUGCCAUCUUGUUUUUGAUGAGAUCGAGGUACUGUUCUCUGAAGCUACUGAACAGGUUUUUACCAUAUUAGAUUGCUACAAGCAAACCAUUAUUACUGAAGAAUGGGAAUAUUUACCGCAUCAAAUUAUUGCUGUUGGAACUCAUUGGAAUAAACAUAUAGCACAUUUAAUAAAGGAGUUCAUGAACGAUCCUUAUGUUGUGAUAACAGCUAUGGAAGAAGCUUCUAUUUAUGGAAAUGUACAUCAGGUUGUGCAGCAUUGCGUGAGCAGUGAGAGAACUGCUAUGUUACUCAAAAUACUGGAUUUUACCCCUAAUCAUCUUCAGAAGGUGUUGGUUUUCACAGAUUCAGCAGAUGAAGUAGAAAUGGUACAUCAGGCACUGAAGAGCAACUCAAUAUUUGCCUUGAAAAUACAUAAAGAAAAGGAGUUUAACUUCACGUAUGUCUUAGAGUACUGGACAAAAAGCUAUGCUUCUGGUAAUCAUGUUGUAUUAGUUUUAACAGAUGACUGCAUGCAGUUUUUGGGAAUUACAGAUGCGUCUUGCGUGAUACAUUUCAGUUUUCCUUCUUCUCCAAGAAUCUUUGGUCAACGUCUAUACAACAUGUCUGACAACUUCCAUAAUGUGAUAGAGGAAUCAUCUGUAGAUCAGGAACAUAUAAAGGCAAGGUCAGUCAUACUGCUAACAGAAAACAACACAUGUCAUGCUCUUGGGAUCCUGCGCUAUUUGAAGCGUGCUGAAGCUGAAAUUCCUCUGGAACUGCAUGAUUUUACAGCCAGGGUGCUAGAAGCUGAAGAAGAAAAGAAGUUUGCAAGGCCACUGUGCCCCUAUCUUAAAGCAUUUGGAAUUUGCAAGAAUAGAACAGUGUGUCCAGACCGUCAUCAAAUUAAUUUACAAAUAGACAUGCUCCAGAAUAUGCCAAAUAAAAUUACACAAACAUCUGGACUUGUGACAAUACUGCCUCUCCACAUUGUAAAUGCAACAGACUACUUUGGUCGUAUAGUAGAUAAACAACAGGACCAAUAUACAACUCUUGCUGAAGAAAUCAAUGAAUAUUUUAAGGAGACUAGUAAUCAAGUUCCCAUUAAAAAGGUGGAGAAGCUAGCUCUGUAUGGAUUAUGUGAGGAAACAGUUUUUCACAGGGUUCAGGUGGUAGAGACUCCUCCAAAAGAAGAAGAAAACUUGUUCUUUAAUGUCAAAAUCAAAUACAUAGAUGAAGGCAGAACACGUCAAGUUCAGAGCUCUCAGCUUCUUCACUUACCUGCAAGAUUUCAGCAUCUGCCACCUCAGGCUGUGGAAUUUAUUGUUUGUAGAGUGAAACCCAUUGAUAAUGAAAUUGAAUGGAACCCAAUGGUAACCCAUUAUAUUCAUCACAAAAUUAAAGGAAAACCACAUGAAGCAAGAAUAGUACUUACCCUAGGAAAUACAGUUUGGAUUGACCCAAUGGUCCGGGUUACCAGGCUUUCGGAUUUGAAGAUGUAUGUCAAUGAAUACAGUGUGCGAUCUGAGAUUCUGUCUACGGGUCUGGGAACUGACAAUCCAGAACACAUAAUGCAACUCCAGAAUUUAUGUGUACAUGUGAAGGAACUAAAUCACAUGAACAACUUGGAGCCUUCAAGCAUAAAGGAGGACACAGCCCAUCCAGAGAAUGUGUCUGAUCCUCAGAACAUGUCCAUACAAGAAAAUUCUACUGAAAACUGUAAAUCUUCUAAAAUGGCUAUGGGGAAUCAUCUGUGUGAUGGUAUAGCUCAAAAUAAGGAAGCAGAAGACUCUACCCUGCAUCAGCAUAAAUGCUUUUAUCCAGAAAUAAAAUGGUUUCAAAAUGAAGUGACUGUUACAGUGAAGGUAAAAAUAGCAGGUAUUGCUGACUAUAAAUGUGACUUUUCUAAAGAAAAGGUAAUUUUCAGUGCUUGUUCAGGAGACAAACUUUAUUUGGCUGACAUGGAGCUACAUCAGUACAUACUUACAGAAAAGUCAUCGUGUGUGAUUAAGGAUAAAGAGGCUGCUAUUAUCCUCACAAAAGAGAAAAAAGGAGCAUGGUGCAAGUUACUAAAGAACAAGAAUCCUCAUGUGUCUUUUGAUUUUGAACACUGGGAAGAUUUUGAAGACAAGGGUCCUUUUCCAGUUGGUAGUAAAAAGCUGCAUUGCACUUCUGCAGUAACCGAAGAUCUGGUUGAGUCUUCAGACGACAGCAGUGUAGAAAGUGAUGAGUAAUGUGGAGAUAGAUCUUUAUUGUCUGUUAAGGAUAACGUUGCAAAACAUUGUCUAUUGCAUGACCAUUCCCCCUAAAAUCGUUGAAACUGAACGUAUAGGUUGCAGAACUGUGUUUAAUUUUUGGAAGAAAAUAGUAAGUAAAGUCCUUCUUGUGUUCUAAGCAUCUGAAAAAAAUACUUUCCAGAAGAACUUCAUGUAUAUUGUCUAGUGCUUUUGCUUCAAAAUUGUUGGCUUUAAUGAUGAUGUGUACAUGUGUACUUUUAAGUAAUUAAAGAGCUUUACUUACUUGAGUUUGCUGUGUUAGCAAUAGUUAGUAAUUUCUGCAAUUUCACAAACUCUGAUGGUCUGUCAAUUAUUUCUACAUUCCUUCACACGCAUACAGAAUCAGUUUUGUAGCAAUUGCCCGUUUCAGUUCUGCAUGAAUAAAUGAUGCCUGAACUCAGAUGGCAAUCUUUACCUGACUGGAAAUACAUGGACUUGGCAUGAAAUACUGUACUGUGCAGCUAACUAUUAGCAAACUGCUGCAUAGUAUUAGCGGAAUGAGCAUUGUGGUAGAAAAUUCAGUGUUUGUUUUCAGUUUGACGUUUUCAUGUGUUGUGAAUUCUCUUCUUUAUUCAAUUUCCUCUCACCUAGCUAAAACUCUUACGCUAAUAAAGGACAAAAUCUUGUCUGC